UGAAAAAGUUGUGCUGAAAUCUUUGUAAAAAUACCAUUUAAAAACGUAUAAAUUUAAUAAAAGUGUUAAAAAUAUAUUUCCUUACGUGAAACAACCAAAAAGUGUUAAAAUUUAUUAGUAAAUUGUUGAAUUUAAAGUGUUUUUCAAGCAAUAAUUUCUCAUAUUUUUCUUCACAUUGCCUAAAGUAACGAGUUGAAUGUUCAACUGGCUAAUAAGAAAUUAAAGAUCACUCGUUGCUCUCUAACAAAAAAAAAAUAACUAGUUAAUCGCUUAAAGUAAAAAAUUUACUCGUCGCUAAGUAAAUUGACAUAAUAAAACAAAAAAUAAAAAUAUAAAAAUAAAAUUGUUAUAGUUUAUUAAAAAUAAUGAAAAACUAAAGAAUGUGCUAAACUAAAGAACGAAGAAAAUAUACAAAGUGCAAUGUGUUUACCAAUUUGCUGUUUACAAUAGUUACAUUUAUACAAAUGUUGAAUUCAUUUAUAGACCUACAUUAAAAUACUAAAAGCAAUUAAUUAAACAAGAAAUCUUUAGUUGAAAAAAAGUUUAGAAUAUAUUUAAAAUUGCCGCCUCUAAAAAACAAAUACAAUUUUUAUUAAUUGUGUGAUAUGACUGCUAAAUAUUGCAAGAAUGCAUCAAGCGGGCGGAAAAAGUGGUCGCCCCAAAAAUAAAUACACAGCUGAAGCACUUGAAACUAUAAAGCAGGAUUUAACAAGAUUUCAAGUUCAAAAAGAUAAUGGCAUACAACAGAAUUUUAAUCACUUACGAUAUUCUGCGGUCAACGGACGCUCCGAUGCACCUGAAUAUCAUCAUGCUAAACCGCCGAUGGAACCACCUCCAUCGGCAUCACAAUCACCCGCGAUACCGACAUCAACGCAACUUAAUGGCCAUGUUCCAAAAGUUAUGCCUCAUAAACUCAAUCGGAAGGCAAGUAUAGAACGUGAGCUGCCUAUGAACUAUUUGCGUUGUAGUCCGGCUUUAGAUUCGGGAGCUGGAAGCUCACGUUCAGAUAGUCCACACUCACAUCAACAGCUUACUUGUGCUAGUCGCGCAAGUACCGGACAAUAUUCACCAUCACCCUCGAGUUUUAGCGAUGUGGCACCGCCUGCACCGCCACCACGUAAUCCAACAUCUGCUAACUCUGCCACACCUCCGCCACCACCGCCAUCGGCACAACACUAUAUACGACGUUCGCCAGCCACAACUCGUCCUGCAGCCAUAACGCAUAAUCCCACACGCGGUACUUCGCCAGUGAUACCACAGAACGGUAUCAAGGCUCAGCAACAGUUGUCGCAACAAAUGAAGGCCCUUAGCUUGUAUCAGGCAGGUGGUGGUAAUGCUGUGGAACCGCCACCACCUUAUCCCUUAAAUACCGUUAUAGUAGCCACAUCGGCUCCACCACCAAGUUACUCAGCUUCUAUGCAAUCGAGGCAAUCUCCUACACAGUCUCAAUCGGACUAUCGCAAAUCGCCGAGCAGUGGCAUUUAUUCCGCCACUUCAGCCGGCUCACCCAGUCCUAUCACGGUUAGCAGCAGUGCAAUUCCUCCGCCUCUCCAACCAUCAUCGGUGGCGCGACCACAGCCUCGUGUCUAUCCAACACGCACUCAACAGCCUAUCAUUAUGCAGAGUGUAAAGUCAACGCAAGUUCAAAAGCCGGUUUUGCAAACGGCUGUUGCGCCUCAAUCUCCGGUGACGGCAUCAGCAUGUAAUUCACCAGUACAUAUUCUGCCGGCUCCACCAUCAUACCCACAAAAAAGUCCUGCUGUUGUUCAGCAACAGCAGCAGUCGCCACUUUUAGCUGGCGGAGUACCAACUGUAGUUAGUAAGCCCACACCACCGACUCCAACGACACCACCAUUAAUUGCGAAUGCAUUGAAUGGUACUGUUAUGACGAAAUCUCCUUGUGUCGAGCCACCAUCGUAUGCCAAGAGUAUGCAGGCCAAGGCGGCUCAACAUCAUCAGCAACAACAUCAACAAGUGGCGGCUAUGCAACAGCAACAGCAGCAACAAUUACAAGCCCAAUUGAGAGCGGCGGCUGUACUCGCUCAACAAAAGGCACCCGUUUCAGUGGGCGUGGUGGGUGGACGCCAACUUCCUCCACCACCUCCGUAUCAAAGCACACGAACUGCAUCAGCACAACCUCCCAUCUCUUCUUCAUCAUCCUCUCCGCAUGAAAUGAACUCAAACAAUAAUAUGCUGGACUCGAGAUCGAAUAAUGGUGGCGGAGGAGGUGGAAACGGAAACAAUAAUCAAAUUACAAAUAGUAAUUUAACUACUACGCCACCAAUACCCCCGUCUAAAAAUAUGAAUAACAACGGUGGCAGUAACGGCAGUGGAGGUGAGUCUGUAGCUUCAUCAUCUUCAGGAGCUGCGCCGUCUUGUAGUAACAAAGCCACAACAUCCGAAAACGUUAAAAAAAUAAAACACGCCUCUCCCAUACCCGAACGCAAGAAAGUGUCCAAAGAAAAGGAAGAAGAACGCAAGGAAUGUCGCAUAAGACAAUACUCUCCGCAGGCUUUUAAAUUCUACAUGGAACAACAUAUUGAAAAUGUUCUCAAAUCCUAUAAACAGAGAACAUUCCGCAAGAAUCAACUGGAAAAAGAGAUGCUUAAGAUUGGUCUGUCCACACAAACUCAAGUUGAAAUGAGAAAAAUGCUGAAUCAAAAGGAGAGCAACUACAUACGUCUCAAAAGAGCCAAAAUGGAUAAAAGUAUGUUUGUCAAGAUAAAACCCAUUGGAGUGGGUGCAUUUGGUGAGGUAACACUGGUACGUAAAAUUGAUACGACCAAUCAUUUGUAUGCCAUGAAAACGUUACGCAAAGCUGACGUGCUCAAGCGUAAUCAAGUGGCUCAUGUAAAAGCAGAACGUGAUAUUUUAGCUGAGGCCGAUAAUAAUUGGGUUGUCAAACUGUACUAUAGUUUUCAGGAUAAGGACAAUUUAUACUUUGUCAUGGACUACAUACCAGGUGGUGAUUUGAUGUCGCUUCUAAUUAAAAAGGGUAUUUUUGAGGAACCCUUAUCUCGAUUUUACAUAGCGGAAUUAACCUGCGCCGUUGAGAGUGUACACAAAAUGGGUUUUAUUCAUAGGGAUAUUAAACCUGACAAUAUAUUAAUUGAUCGAGAUGGCCAUAUAAAACUAACCGAUUUUGGUUUAUGUACUGGCUUUCGAUGGACACACAAUUCGAAAUACUAUCAGGAGAAUGGAAAUCAUGCCAGACAAGAUUCAAUGGAACCAUGGGAAGAUUUUUCCGAUAAUGGAACAAAGCCUACCGUACUGGAAAGGCGAAGAAUGCGUGAUCACCAAAGAGUUCUGGCCCAUUCACUCGUAGGCACACCUAACUAUAUUGCGCCUGAAGUACUCGAACGAAGUGGAUAUACUCAACUUUGUGAUUGGUGGAGUGUUGGUGUAAUACUCUAUGAAAUGUUGGUGGGACAACCACCAUUUUUAGCCAAUACUCCUGUAGAAACACAACAAAAGGUAAUUAAUUGGGAAAAGACGCUACAUAUACCACCGCAAGCAAAACUAUCACGAGAAGCUACAGAUCUUAUUCUGAGACUUUGCUCAUCAGCCGACAAACGUCUGGGCAAAAAAGCCGAUGAAGUUAAAGCUCACGAUUUCUUCAAAGGUAUCGAUUUUGCUGAUAUGCGUCGUCAAAUUGCACCUUAUAUUCCAAAGAUUGAACAUCCCACAGACACUUCUAAUUUCGAUCCCAUAGACCCGGAAAAAUUACGCUCCGAUUCUAAUAUGAGCGGUGAUGAAUUCAAUGAUACAGACAAACCUUUUCACGGUUUCUUCGAAUUCACAUUUCGUCGCUUUUUUGAUGAUAAACUUAAUCCAGAUAUAAUGGAUGAUCAGUCACCGGUGUAUGUAUGAAAAGAAAAAGAAAGAAAGAAGGAAAGUAAUAAAUAAACAGCAAUCAUGUAAGUGUUUAUGUUGUGGACAGAUAAAUACAGGUUAAGUUGGCGCGUUUAAACGUUUAAACAAACUACAUAUUUAUAAAUUUCUUAGUUAAAAAAUAA